GGAGGAGGAAGCGCUUCCCGCCCCCGGCGGGUCAGAGCGGGGAAGUCGCCGCCCGAAGAUGGCCGCCGCGGCGGGGGACGUGUGCGGCUCCGCGGCGGGAGCCCAGCCCGGGGCCGCGGCCGAGGCUCGGUUCAUCAGCAGCGCCAAGGGGAAAGGCUUGUUCGCCACCAGGAGCAUCCGCAAAGGGGAGACCGUCUUCGUGGAGCGGCCGGUGGUGGCCUCCCAGUUCCUCUGGAACGCCCUGUACAACUACCGAGCCUGUGAUCACUGCCUGCGGGCUUUGGAGACGGCGGAGGAAAACGCCCAGCGGCUGCUGGGGAAGAGCUCCCUGGUGCUGCCUCACCCGGAGCAGUGCAGCAUCCGGAAAGACCUGCACCAGCAGUGUCCCCGCUGCCAGGUGACGUACUGCAGUGCUGAAUGCAGGCAGGCCGCUUUGGAGCAGUACCACCAGGUCCUCUGCCUCGGCCCAUCCCGUGAUGACCCCACGCACCCCCUCAACAAGCUGCAGGAGGCAUGGAGAAACAUGCAUUAUCCGCCGGAGACUUCCAGCAUCAUGCUGAUGGCCCGGAUGGUUGCCACUGUCAAACAGGCGAAGGACAAGGACUGGUGGAUCAAGGCCUUCUCCCAGUUCUGCAGUAAGACGGCAAACGAGGAAGAGGAGAUCGCGCACAAACUGCUGGGGGACAAAUUUAAGGGCCAGCUGGAGCUGCUGCGUUUGCUCUUCACUGAAGCCCUUUACGAUGAACAUCUCAGCAGGUGGUUCACUCCAGAAGGCUUUCGGUCUCUCUUUGCCCUCGUUGGGACCAACGGCCAAGGCAUAGGAACCAGCUCUCUGAGCCAGUGGGUGCACGCUUGCGAUGCGCUGGAUCUCCCCAUGCUGCAGCGAGAGGAGCUGGACGCCUUCAUCGACCAACUCUACAAGGACAUCGAGAAGGAAUCGGGAGAGUUCCUCAACUGCGAGGGAUCGGGUCUCUACGUGCUGCAGAGCUGCUGUAACCACAGCUGCAUCCCCAACGCCGAGACGUCCUUCCCGGACAACAACUUCCUCCUGCAUCUGACGGCUCUGGAGGACAUCGAAGCAGGAGAGGAAAUCUGCAUCAGUUACCUGGACUGCUGUCAGAGGGAGCGGAGCAGACACAGCCGCAACAAGAUUCUCAGGGAGAACUACCUGUUCACCUGCUCGUGUCCCAAGUGCCUAGCGCAAGCCGACGAUCCCGACGUGACGUCGGACGAGGAGGAGGAGGGCGAAGGGGAGACGGACGACGCCGAGCUGGAGGACGAGAUGACCGACGUGUGAUCCUGGCCCCGGGCGGGAGGAAAGGGACGGGAGAGAGGAAAGGGGCCUCCCAGAGGCAGCAGCUUUAAUGUUAAAACAGGGUUGUGUUGUGGGUUUCGGGGGGGAGAGGCUCCGUGCCAGCGGUAGGCGCG